UUCUCAUUGGGGCUUCGCAGGGGGCAUGGUCUCAACCUCGGUGGAGGAAUCCGGCCCCAAGUCUCAUCUGAUCUGCGUUCUGAACAGCAGCGCCACCGCCAUCGAGGGCCACCGCUGGAUGCGCGGGGACAAGGUGCUCCAGGAGGACAAGCUGCCUGAUCUGAGGACCGAAUUCCAGCUUAGUGCCAAUGACAGUGGGGGCAAUUACACCUGCAUCUUCCUGCCCGAGCCAACUGGCAGGGCCUCCAUCCCCGUGAAGGGUCCUCCCCACGUCUACGCCGUGAAGAAGUCAGAGCACGCCAGCGAGGGCGAGAGCGUCACACUCAAGUGCAAGUCGGAUUCCUACCCGCCUGUCACCCAGUGGUUCUGGUACAAGAAAGGAGACGCGGGGGAGCAGGUCAUUGCAAAUGGCUCACAGAGCAAGGUCAUGGUGCGGUCCUGGGAGGGGCACACGGAGCUACGUAUCGAGAACCUGGACAUGGAGAGCGACCCCGGCACGUACGUGUGCAACGGGACCAGCUCCGCGGGCACCCACCAUGCUGAUGUGACGCUGCGCGUGCGCAGCCGCCUGGCUGCCCUCUGGCCUUUCCUGGGCAUUGUGGCCGAGGUCCUCGUGCUGGUCACUAUCAUCUUCAUCUACGAGAAGCGGCGCAAGCCCGAGGAGGUCCUGGAUGAUGAGGACAUGGGCUCCGCACCACUGAAGAGCAGCGCACACAACGUGAAUGACAAAGACAAACAGAUCCGCCAGCGGAAUUCCAGCUGAGCGCAGGCCACCUGAGGUCGUGAACAAGGGAGCGGCCCCUCCAGCAGUCAGACGUUGCCCCUCCCUCGAAGCCACCUGGGGAUCCAGCCCCCACCCAGAGAUGACAGAAGCCAGUCCCUCCUUCCAGCUAAACCAGGUGUCUCCCCAAGUCUCCUGCACCCUGGGUGCUUGAUGGGACCCUGUGCACUCCCCUGUCCUGCUGUGCGCCCUCCCCAUCCAUAACUGUGACUGCAGUCUCAUGUGCCCCCAAGCCCCUGACGUGCCAACUGCAAUUGUGAGCAGUGGGGUCUGCUGGAAAGGCCUCCCACCUGACCCCCUGUUCACCAAUAAAGGUUGACUCAGCUCC